AGCUGUAGCUUUCACCUGUAUAGUAAAGUAGAAGCCUUCGGUGUGGUGUCGCCUGUCAGGUUGGCCCCAUACGAGUUGUGACGCAGGCAGUUCGCCGAAAUCUGUGCAAUAGUCACACGGCCACCCAUUGAUUUCAGUAGUCCCGUUUCUUGUUCGACAGAAUUAAUGAGUUUUCCAGCAUAAAGGAGUCAGCCUAGCCAAGUCCUACCGGGGAAAACAAAAUGGUUCUGGAAGAUAUGCGGGAUCUUCUGUUGGCUAGUGAUUCCCCCGAUCAGUUCUUCAAACCUAUUCGGACAUUGCCUAUCGUCCUCUUCUUACUGGCAUCUGAUGUUACAGUCCUUAUCACAUCAUUUGUUUUGCCCCAGUAUUACAACUCAUUAGAUUAUUCCAGGCAUCCCAGCCUCUAUGCCACUUUACUCUACUUGCAGAUUACUCUCUGGAUUUUGACAGUUAUUGCAGAUCAGCUGAUAACAAGAAAGCAUCAGAAAUCUCAACUCAGUGGAUUUUUGGAAUUUAAUCGGAAGAUCUUACCUUGCAUGAGAGCUUUCCUCAUUACAGUCACUAGCUGCAGUAUCUUGUUACUCACUAGUGCUGCAGUAGCUUGGGAUUACUGUCCCAGGGAAGGAACAUGUUCCCAAUUUGUACCGCUCACUCCAGCUCACUAUGUGCAGAUCAUCUUGAGCUUACAAACCAGCAUUCUCCUACCAGUUUGUCUUGCCUAUUCUGUGAGAAUACAUCAAUUCAAUACCAGCCACCCUUUACCUGACAUAUUGGAAGGUCAGAUGGUAUACUCUCUCUCAAGAAGUCUUCCGGCUUUUGAGGACGUCGGCGUCAGAGAAACGACGGACGACACUUUACUGGAAAAGCAAGCUGAAGCUAUUCAUUUUUUAAAAGAGCAUAACGCUAGAUUAAGUCGGAAAAUUUUGUCACUAACGGAUCAGCUAGGCAGAUACUCUGACGCGAACGUCUAAAUAUGUUAUUCGUUUUUCCCUCGUUUAGUUUUUCAUGUUACGGUGUUGCAUUUGCAAUUCUAGGAUCUGCUUCCCAGCCAGUGACAGUUUGGAUGUGUUUAUGUCUCUUGACACGUUCAGCAUAGACGCUUUUCUUUUGCCUAUAGACGUUGUCGCUGCUGGAAUUUGGGAAACAUUGUUUUGGAGGUUUUCUUUAACCCUGGCCACUACUCGUUGCUUUUCGUUGACCACUUGACCCUUAGCCGUAAAAACGGGCUUUUGUAAACCUAUGAAGGACGAUGUAAAGGAAAUACAUUACUGCGAUUUCAAUUUUGAAA